AUGCUGGAGGACGGCGUGCUGCUGAGCCACGUGAGCGGGGACGGCGCGGGCGGCUUCCCCGGCGCCGUGCUGACCGAGGUCUCCUACCGGCUGCCGCGCGACUCGGUGCUGCCGGAGCUGUGGGUCGACAUGACGGCCGUCGCCACCGCGCCAACGCCGCUCGACAUGAGCCUCGCGCUGCCCUUCAAUCUGGCGGGCCACGAUGCUGGAGAGCCUGCGCUGAAGGACCACUUGCUCACGCUGGAUGCAGACCAGUACUUGGCAACCACGCGUGACUUCAUACCCACAGGGCAGCUCUGGUACGUGGGUGGCACUUGCCUGGACUUCCGGAAGCCCGUGUGGCUGGGUCUGGCAAUGGAGCGGCCAUCAAUCGGCGGGUUGGAGCACACAUUCUGCCUAACCCCAAUGCCGCCGCAAGAGCGACCACGCUUUGUUGCCAGGCUGGAGCACCCGAUGUCGGGCCGCGCUGUAGAGGUGCGGUCAGACCACUGUGCUGCGCGCGUGUACUCCUUCUGGGACCUGUCGCCUCCGUGGGUGAUGGACCAGGGUGCGGGUACAGGGGACGAUGUCGGCCGGACGGAGCCCGCGCCCGAGGGACACUUCUACAAGGAGAAUCGGGCGUCGGCGGACGAGCUGUUCCCGGACUACGUGGACUUGUAUGCGGGUCCAGAGGAGGAGGAGGAGGGCGCGGGCGACGCCGCCGAGGCCGGCGAGCAGCCGGAGUGUCUGGAGGAGGGCGAACGACCGCCGACGCAGAAGUCUGACGUCAGCUGCCACGUCAGCGCCACCACGCUGCCCGGCCUGGCUGGCAAGGGCGGCAGCUCCUACUACAAGAACGGCGCCAUCAUGAUCACGCCCCAGGGGUACCCCAACGCCGUCAACAAGGUUACUCGCACACUGCCUCUUUCUGUUCUUAAGCUAUUAUUAUUAUUUUCGCAUCCAGGAGAGUAA